AUGAAGCCUUUUUUGGAGACCUUUUCUAUGAAGGUGGUUGUGGAACUACAGAUGGGUACGAUCAGCCAGCAGUUGUUGCUAACUCUAACUCUAGCUCCAUCUGGUUUUCAUAUUGAGAUUAUGCUCAUGUCAUUUCACUUAUCGUCUGAAGAGGAAAAAGCAUUACAUGCAAAGUUAAUAUUUUCUGCUCAAAGAACAAUUGGUGGUCCAACUUCGGUUUCCAACAUGCGUUGCCAUAUGAAAUUUUACCCACGGAUUUGUCCUUCAUCUUUGCUUGUGCACCUACGAUCCAAGUUGAGGGACACUCCAUACUCCACUUCACAGCUCAGGGUGAACGAUCAUUUGUCAUCUUGA